AAACGAACAGUGUGAAAAAUAAAUCGAACGAAAAAGCACCAUGAAAUUUCUAAUUGUUCUGGUUGCCUGUGUGGCUUUGGUUGCUGCUGAGAAAUUAAUGCUGACGGAGGAACAAAAGCAGCAGGCCAAGGUCUUUGCUGUUGCCUGCGGUGAACAGGAGGGCAUAUCCAAGGAACAAGCCAUCGCUUUGCGUGAUGGCAAAUUCGAAAAUGUCGAUGAAAAGGUUAAAUGCUUUGCCAACUGUUUCCUAGAGAAGGCCGGCUUCAUUGUAAACGGCCAGAUCAAGCCCGAUGUUGUCCUGACGAAGCUCACCAUCCUCGACGGCCUUGAGAAAGUCAAAGCGGUUCAGGCCAAGUGCGAUUCGCUGAAGGGUGAGAAUAACUGCGAUACAGCCUUCAAGCUGUACGAGUGCUACCAUCAAAAUCACGCUGAUAUCUAAGUCAACCAAUGGUAUUACGAACCCACAAAAUGAUCUGUGAAUUGUCAGCAAUAUUUUGUUGAUCCAAAAAAAAAUAUAUAUAUAUUGUUAAUAA